AUGUCUUCUUCCACUUCGAGCUCCCUUCCACUUCCGAGCCCUAGCCUAAUUGUAGGGCCCGUGGAAGCCGGUGUACUCGCAAAUGCAUUUGUCACAGGUGCAUUCUUCGUGCAGGCAUACAUCUACUUUACAAGAUUCCCCGAGGACAGGUGGCUGUUCAAAGCAGUGGCGUCCUUUCUCAUGGCACUUCAGCUCGCGCACUUCGUGUGUGAAUGCGCCGUACUCUGGGACAUGACUGUGGUCGCUAUGGAGUCGCCGCUGUCGCUUCUGACGAUAGAUAAGCCAAUGAUCGCGGUCAUUCUGUUGACAGCCAUUGUUGCAUUUGUUGUGCAGGUGCCGGGACUUAUGACCGUGGCCAAGGCUUGCAUCUAUCCGGAAGCCAUGGAGUACUACCCUCGUGCACAUAUCUCGAUCAUACUCGCGUUUGUGUCAGCGUUCAUCUCCGAUAUCUGGGUCUCAUCAGUAAUUGCUUAUUAUCUUUGGACCAAGCGGAGAAUCGGAACGUUUGCAACAACGUCUCGCAUCAUCGAUCGACUAAUUCUGUGGACCGUUGUAUCACGGUACUUUAUCAUGGCCUUUCUCGCGCAGCCUCAUAACUAUGUAUGGAUGUCCGCGUAUGCCCUUUUCGGCUCUGUAUACGCCAACGCUUUAAUGGCAGCACUGAACGGACGCUGGAUACUCCAUAACCGUAGCCACGCAGAUGUUUAUAAAGCUGCUGAUAGUGCUAAUGAGUCGGAGCAUGGUACGGAGAAAGCUUGGGAGAAUCCAAACAAGCAUGCCGUGAUCGGUAUUCGACAAGAGAUCGAGAUGGAGAUACGUUAG